AUGGCUGCCAUACACGCGAGGUACCUACGCAUCUCAAACACAGGCCCCAUCACCUCGGAUAAAUGUGCUGCAAGCUGGGACUUGUACGAGGUGACGGUCUACGACGCCGCUGGAUCACGCCUGCCCGUCUCUGCUAGCAGUCCCACUGGCUCAGCAUCUGGCUACCCUGCCUCCUCGGCAGUGGAUGGGUCAGUUUCCACUUUCUGGGCGGGCGCGCACGACGUCGGACUAGGCUGCCCAUGCUGGUCUGAAUCCAAGCGGGGAGGGCAGACUCUUCUGCUGGACCUGGUUUCUCGAAUUGUGAUCCACCAGGGAGGAGCAAAUGAUCCAUGGGCCGUUUCAGAUCUACAGGUGCAGUGCGGAAACACCCCUGACGACUACAAUGAACAGAACUUCGAGCUGCAGGUGUCCCACGCUCAGACCGACAUCCGCUGCUCUCCCACGGGCUGUUCCGUGCUCCUCUCGGAAGCCUGGGUAGACAACCGCUGUGUGAACACGACUACGACCACCACUUCCAGCGCCACGGUGCCUUGCAACCCGUGGGGGGGCUACCGAUACUUGCGCAUCUCCAACGCAGGCCCCAUCUCCUCCUCAUGCCAUGCGAGCUGGGACUUGUACGAAGUGGAAGUUUACGACUCAUCCGGAGCACUCCUGGACGUCUCUGCCAGCAGCCCAACGGGGUCGGCAAUGGACUACCCGCCGGCUCGUGCUGUGGAUGGCUCCUACACCACCUUCUGGGCAGGUGACCACGAUGUCGGUCUGGGCUGCGCGUGCUGGCACGACGCGAAGAAAGGGGAACAAGCCCUCGUCCUCGAUCUAUCCACAACAAUCAAGAUUUCCAAGAUCGUGGUCCACCAAGGUGGGGCGGAAGAUCGUUACGCCGUGUCUGAUGUGCGGAUCGAGUGUGGGGACGCCUCUGAGCUCUACAUCGCAGCUCUUGAGAUGCCAGUGUCCAGGGAAGUCACGACCCUCCAAUGUUCCGAUGGCGGCUGCCACUGGAACCUUUCCGCGGCCUGGGUCGAAGCAUGCAGCAUGCCGACCACCACAACGUCUACGACGACUUCGACGGGCGCAGCAUGCAAUCCUUGGGAGGGGCUCAGUUAUCUUCGCAUCUCCAAUGCAGGCCCCAUUGCGUCGCCCUCCUGCCACGACAGCUGGGAGGUUCCGAGCCUGAGGAUCUACGAUGGCACGUCUCAGCUCCUGGCGCUGUCCCCCAACGUUACCAGGAAAGAUCCAGGGCUGGGAUGUAGCUGCUGGUCCGAGAGCAAAAGGGGCGGCCAGACAUUACUGUCAUUUUACCCUGGCCGCCGGAUCACUCGAAUCAUCAUCGACCAGGGUGGAGAGGACUCCCUGCAUGCGGUAUCAGACAUUCGUCUGGAGUGCGGCACCAGUCCCAACGCGACCGGCGCAGCCCUGGAGUUCCAGGUGUCUCCAGCCUCUACCAUCAUUGACUGCUCCUCAACAGGGUGUGUCGCCAGUCUUUCAACACCAUGGGUCGAUACUCGGUGCCCAAGCACUACACCCAGCACAACACCCACCAGCAGCAGCCCGGACAUUUGCAAUCCAUGGGAAGGUGUCAGAUUCCUUCGCCUCUCGAAUGGCGGCCCCAUCUCUGCGUCGAGGUGCUCGUCUAGCUGGGACUUGUACGAGGUGGAGGUGUACGAUGCAUUCGGGUCGCGGCUCGCUGGGUCUGCCAGCAGUGCAACAGGUUCAGAUGUGGACCAUCCACCGCAUCUUGCGGUGGACGGCUCUUACGCCACUUUUUGGGCUGGCGACCAUGAUAUUGGGCUCAGCUGCGAGUGCUGGUUCGACUUCAAGCAGGGAAGCCAAGCUCUGGUGUUGGAUCUCUAUGCCGCGGUGUCCAUUUCCAGAAUCGUUGUUCACCAGGGAGGGCCCACGGAUGAUUGGGCGAUCUCUGAUCUCCACAUCGAAUGCGCAGAUGCUCUCGGCGCAUACCGGUCCCAAGCGUUGGAGCUCCGCAUCUCACACAGCAGAACCACGAUCGACUGCUCCGCAGCUGGUUGCACUGCAAGCUUUGCAGACGACUGGGUGGAUCGCAGAUGUGGAGCCGGCUACCCAUCCACCAGCGCCACCACCACCACCACCACCACUAGCACCACUACAAGAUCGACCAGCAGCGAUGUGAGCUGCAGCACCACGAGGGCUUACCGCUUUCUGCGGCUGUCCAUUGCCGGGCCGGUGGUCAACGCCGAGUGCUACGCAGACUGGCACCUCGUUGAGGUGGAAGUCUCCGGUGUGGCACUGGGCCACGGUCGGAGGUUGGAUGGGCUCCCCGGCGCAUUGCCCUUUGUGGCGCUGUCCAGCUCAGAUCGAAAUGGGCAGGAGGAGGCCUCCAAUGUUGCAGAUGGCUUGAAUGAUACCGUUUGGGUGGGUCGAGACAUCUUCGGCCUGGGUUGCGCCUGUUGGGCGGAAGGCAAAGUUGGCAGCCUGUUCCUGGAAGUGGACCUUCUUCGGCUGGUGCGGGUGACCCAGAUUGUGGUCCGUCAGCACUCUGAUCGGUACGCCUCCAAGUUUCGGUUGCAAUGUACAGAUAGCCUCGACCGAGCUCCUGGCGAAGAGCUCGAAGUCUCGGUGUCUUCGCGCACCACCCUCUUGGAAUGUUCCUCCGGGGGUUGCGCAACAAGUGAGAUGUGGGUCGCAGAUCUGGGAGGAUGCGAGAGCACCGCGCUGAAUGCUGGAACCAAGUCGGUGCAACUUUUCUACUUUUCAACUUUUUUGCUCCCCGGCAUUCUCCUGGUCAGUCCUCUAAACUAG